ACUGGCAAAAUCAAAUUGAUGAUUGGCCCAUGGCUUGUGGCUCUGAUUUUGUUAAAUGCCGACCUCCAAACGAGGUUGGUCGACUGUCUCACCAUCCCCCCUUUCUACACCCCUCCGCGAACAUUUGAUGAACUGUCGGCCUCAAAUGUGAAAGUUCACUUCACCGGAUUUUACGGGAUGGAGGGACAAUCCCCAUUUCAGAACAGGAAUAAAUGUGCCUUGAUUUCGAGAUUGGAAGAAAUGACGGUGAAAAAGUAUUCGGUGUAUGACUCGGCAUCAUGCGUUAAGGCAACUCAAGAUAUGAAGGAAAACAAUGUCUGUGUGGGAUCCUACAGUUGGGGAGUUAUUUCAUCCCAGCAAAAUCUGGUGGACAGAUUUGGUCAACCCAGAUUCAGACAGGCGUCCGAAAAAUUGUCCAAUGGUCAUGUAUUACUCUAAGAAGAUGCCGCAUCUUCAAUCUCGAUUCGAACAAUAUACGCGGGGAUCCUUUUCCGGCGGGAUCAUGGAGAAAUGGUGGGAAGGAUGGGGCGUUUCGAACAUUGCCAUUGGGCGGAACAGGGCAAGAAAGGAGUAUGAAGCAAGGGUGGAACAAGGAGUAAAGAUUAAUGAUAUCGAGGAUGAGACAGACUCACCCAUAAAUUCCAUUCUGAUUUCCAUAAUUGGAAAUGGCAUCGGGGUUGUGUUGUUUUUAAUUGAAGUGAGAAAACGGGUGGUUGCUGGGAUUAAGGUGUUGGUGAGAAAAGCAUGGCGGCAAAUGUGUGUAAAGUAGUAAUAUGUAACAUAUCUAUGGUUUAGGCUGUUACUCCUCAAUAAGUAAAAGACAGAAAUUUCAGCAAAGUAUGGAUUUCUUGAUCACUGUUCUCCUGCUUUAAAUAAUUUGAUGACUUGAAAAAAUCGCGAAGGCCUUCCUUAUAUAUUGACACAUAUUUAUAUGGGCCUGACAUUAACUUGUAAAUAUAUAUAGGUAUGUCGAAAAGUUAUUUAAUAUAUAUUAUAGUGUGUACUACGCAUAUGAAUUGUUCUGAAUUCCUUAAUGCCAAAUUAUGGAGAAACAAGACAUCGAUUGCAAUUUAAUGUAUUGCAUUCUUUAUUUGCUAUUCGCUGAUUAGUUUAUUCCGCUAUGUGUAAAAUUUCAAAUGUCAAAGAUCAUGAGUCAUGUAAUAAAAUUUAUGUAAAUUACCAAUA